GACACUCGGCAAGGUACGUAUGUUUUGAAUAAAAAGCGGUGCUUUGAGGUUAAAGGAGAUAUUAUUGUGUUUAAUAAUUUAUCACGUCGCAUAUGUAUAAAAGCAUUGAAAUCAAGAAGGAAAAAAGCGAACACGAAACACAAGUCUCGCGGCGUGCUAUGCUGAUCAGUCUCUGUUCCUGCUGUGAUGGAAGAUGCAGGUGCCACGGUUUUCUACGACGACGAGGACGAUUGUCUGAACUACGAGUGCUCAAAUAACAAUGUCGAAUACGAUUACGAUUACGCUGACUCGGAGAAGGAAACCCUUUAUGAAAUGUAUCAGUAUUGUCUCACUCCUAGUCUGUUCGAUACAGGAUAUUAUUUACUGCCUUUAUUGAGCAGUACAAUGUUAUUUAGACUGUUUGUUCAUACUGAAUACAUAUCACACAAAGUAUUUCAUAUAUUAUCAGUUAUUAUAGGCUUGUAUAUUAUUCAGCAUUACGUGCAAGAAUCUUUAAUAAUAUUGAUAGUGUUUGUUCUAUUUUCCUAUGGUAUUUUACAUGUGCCAAAAAGAUGGCACAGAGGCACAGGGAUCUUUCUACCGUCCCUUUUGAUAAUUGCAUACUGUGAAUUUGCGAUGGAGCCCGUGAUAUGGCAUAGGAUACGAAGUGUGAUUAUGACCAUGGUGAUGAAAGCAAUUAGCGUUGCCAUUGACACGAGUAAUUCGGACAGGUUGCCGGAUGUUUACAGUUUCAUGGGUUAUAUGUUCUGCGUGGUAACUUGUAUAUUUGGACCGUGGGUGUCGUUCAAAGAUUAUUUGUCUUUGCGUUACUCUAACAAUCAAACAAAAUGGUGGAUAUUGUGUAGUAUUGGAUUUGCCCUCCUUUCCUUUGUCUUCCUGAGUAUUUCAAAUUGCUGGAUGCAAUGGAUAUUUGUAGAUAACUCUUGGAAGUGGUUAAUGGCGUAUAGAGACGCAUUGUCCUUCAGAACAUCCCACUACUUCGUUUCGUACAUAGCUUCAGCACUGUUGGUUUUGGGAGGAUUUCCUCUUUCGUCGUCGACGAUAGUCAAGCCCUUCUACAUUGAAUUUCCACGCUCUCUCGUUCAGGUUGUCAUUUAUUGGAACAUUCCGAUGCAUUUUUGGUUGAAAACGUAUAUCUUCCGUCCUAGCAUUAAAAACUUGGGAAAGUUUAGUGCAGUUAUCGUCACAUAUCUGAUAAGCUCUCUUUUACAUGGGUUGAACUUUCAACUAGCUGCUGUGUUACUUAGUCUAGGCUUUUAUACGUUUGUGGAAUUUCAGCUCAGGGCCGUACUUGCCGACACCUUCGAUGCUUGUAUCGCAUCUAAACAGUGCAGUAUGCAAAUAUGCGCGCACAAAUACAAUUCUUACAACUAUUGGGUGUUUGUGAUAAAUUUGAUAUUCUCAGGAUUGGCGAUAUUUCAUUUAGCUUACUUGGGUCUCAUGUUCGAUAUGUCGGAUCUACAAGAAACAGGGUAUAGCUAUCGCCACACAAUUAAUAAGUGGGCUGAACUCGGUUUUGCUAGUCAUUGGGUAGCAUUAGCUACGUACUGCAUUUAUCUUUUAACUAAGUAACGAAUUUUUUUUUUAUUUUUUAUUUUCCCAAAGAUUGAUCCGACACAUUUUUCAUAAAAAUAAAUUAAGUUAUAUAAAUCAGACGAACAGAUCACUUUAUAAAUAACUUUCAUCUGCACAGUUGAAGGAAUGUGAAUAUAACAUUAGGAUAUAAUUUUAUGUUUUGUCUUUAACAGUCAAAAAAGAUAAAUAAAAUACAUAUUCUUUAUUGAGUAUAUAACACAAUAUAAAGUUCACUGUGUGAUCUAUACAUACUUUAUAAUUUCUUUUAUAAUUAAUAUAUGUAGCACAUUUAGUAGUUUGUAAUUAUAAAAAAAGUUUACAAAGAGUAUUCAAGUAUACAAUGUUAAAUAUAAUACUCUUUUUCAAUAUUUCGCAUCCUAAUCUAAUAUUACAUUAAAUGUCACUUUUGUAAUGAAUAGAAACAUCUCUGCGCUCUAGGAUAUUUUUUUCUCUACUAAUCCAUUGUAAUUAGUAAUGUUCCAUUUGUAAUAUUACUGUGCAACAUAAUGGUCAUUGAUUACUAUAUAAUAUUUUUAUGUACACUUUCAAAUUUAUUUUGAUGACAGUGAUUGUAUUCUCGAAGAAAUAAUGGUCUCGUUGCAUGUAACAUUACAAUUGAACAUUACACAAUGGAGAAAUGUUAUACAUAAUUCACAAUUCUUAAUAGACAUUCCGAAUUUCGUGGAUUCGCUAUAAAUUUUAUAAUUUACACAAUGCAUUUAUUCGAAAAUAAAUAAUUGCUCUC